UGCUGAAUACCCUCAGAACAAACACAACAUUAAUGCGCUCUAUGGGUAUACMUUYGAUACCUUUUUCACUCUAAGGAWUUAUACGGUUUUGAAUAUUUGAAAGAACUUCCUCGACACAAAGGAAUAUCCUAAUUUUACGCAAAAAAGGACUCGAUUUGCAGCGGGCGAGUAAUAUGGCGCUGGAGAAUUCUUCAUUGCCCAAGUCGUCGACGUGUUGGUUUCUACAAAUUCAUCGUUUCCAAGAAGAGCAAAGACCUUACGUAAUCGUAGCGUGYGUAUUCAACGCUCUUCUAUUCAUACCUAACGUUCUAGGAAGCGUGCUUAUCUUAGCAACGAUGUGGAGAAACCCGAAUCUAGAAAUGCCYAGCCAUGUGUUCCUGUCGAGCCUGGCUGCUGCUGAUCUUAUUACUGGUAUYGUUGUGCAACCUUUGUUYGUUMUUCAUAAAACUGCUUGGAUGUUUGGUAAUUGGAAAAUGGAUUGUAUUCCUAGGGUUAUCACAGAAAUUGUUGCWUGGAUCUCUUCUGCUGUSACYUGUGCUACCAUAGGRAUGAUWAGCUUGGAUCGAAUGCUGGCGUUGACUUUACACAUGCGGUACCAACUUUAUGUCACUCGAAAACGCGCUCUCCAAGUUACUGUCCAUCUCUGGRUCUCACUAACUCUUCUUAGUUUCACUCGGUUCUUUAUGUCUGAUAUCGGGCCUUUUAUCAUCAUUGGAGUCUGUGGAAUAUUAGCGGGUAUUUUACAAGUAUUUAUCUCCUAUGCACAGAUAUAUAAGUAUAUGCGACAUCACCAGAAGAAAAUCGCUGUCGAAACCGUUGUUCCUGCGCCUCUUGGAGCAUCRUCACUUGAAAGCAACGGCAAUGAACAGAUUAAAACAGUCAAAGUAAAGGCACUUUGGAAAUCAGCCAUGAAUCUGGCAUAUGUCGUCGUUCUGUAUGURAUUGUWUAUUUACCAUUUGUUUGCACUCUGAUUGCCUUCCUGGUCCACGGCCAAACCAUGGUCAUCGAUAUUUUAUAUGACUUGACUAGAACUUUUAUCUUUUGUGGAUCGGUGUUUAACCCUUUAUUGUACUGUUGGAAGAUCAAAGAUAUYAAAGUUGAAGUUCUUAAAACUCUUGCUAGACUAAAAAUCGACAAAAAUAAUGGAUUACCCAGCAGUAGCGGGACAAACAACGAGUCAGAUGUUCAUAAUGCUUCGAAAAGUUAUGCUACGGAGACCCAGAGAGCUGAAAUCUCUAGAACAACACACUUUUAAUUCUACUCAACUUGUAAAUAUCAGAAACAAUGAAACUGGUAACGACACAACUUUUUCAAUGUCUUUUUGUCGUGAUUGGUAAGCCAAUCAUGUUUAUAAAGCAACACAUGAAAAAAAAAAACACUAAAUUUUAUGUGUAAUUUUUUUUUWAAAUGAGAUAAAAUUUAUGUCAAGUCUUAAAGACAUAGUAGUCUAGAUUCAUUUAUUCUUUCGUCACGUGGACGUUUUAAUCACGAGGGUUAUCACGUGAUCAUCUUGUGGCCAAUGAGAGGGUAGCCUUUCUGACGUCGUUCAUUUUAAGUUGAUAUAUGACGGGGUUGAUUAGUGAGUUUGUCGCUUGUAGUACUUUCGCGCUGUACCAGGCGCUCUCGGAAAAUUGGAUUUUGCUGUAAGACAUAAAAUUGAGAGCCAUAAAAGGGACCCAACACACGAUAGACGACACGGUAACGAUGAACAGUGUCUUAGCAAGUUCUUUCUCUCGUGUGGUGUUUUGUCCUCCACYCAUUUCUUGUCGUUGUUGACUUUGUCUUUUCAUCUUGAAGUAGAUGGCCAGAUAUCCAAUGCCGAUGAUGCAGGUCGACCCCAGUAGCCACGCUAUUAGAACGAGAAAUGGUUGCAGACGAACCAUAAAUGUAAUACCAGCUAUUAAUGAAAUAAUCCACGUGACAGACACGCCUAUCACAUACGUCGCCAAGGGCGUGGUGCGACUUUUAAAUGGAUAAAAAGUAACGUAACAUCUCUCAAUGCAAAUCAGAGCCAGGAAAGAAAUGGACGCUAAACCGGCAAAUAUGCUUGACGCUCGGAGAUAUAUAACAUAGCGAACUGGUAUCGAAAACCAGCCGAGAUUUCUCCAAAUAUACUCAACUAUAAAAGAUGGCAUUGAAAUGAUGCCAAAUAUCAAGUCCGCUACCGAGAGAUGGGCGAUACAAAAUAAACUGCGUCUCCUUCGUAGAUGUGCGUUGAGUGUGAUKGUCAUAAGUGUGAGGAGAUUGAGGAUAGUAAUGGUGAAUGACUGGACGAUGAAAAMUAUUAACCAUGCUAUGUAAUAUCCCUGACUAUUGCUUGAUUCAGUAGUCUUAUUCAUUGCUCUACCUUGAGAUAAAUGGCGUUUGUUUUCGUGUUUUUCUUCUUGCUUUCUUCUGAGUAGUUUUUGUUUUUGCUUUUUUCAAUGACGAUACUUAUACUUGUUUCUUUCAUCCAAUUUUUUUCUUCAUUCUUUCAUGUUGUUAAUGUUGUUGCUCCUGCUCACACUUUCCCCYCUUUUUUUUGUAAUUCUUUUUCUUGUCGUUCUUCUCUUAUUCCUCUUGAUGGAGUGGCGUACCCAGUGAUUGGUGCUGUCAACGGAGGUCUUUCGGAUUUCCAGACACUUUCAAUUGUCCAGCCGGAAAAGCCUUCAGUGUUUUAACCAAAAGUGAA